AUUGACAGUGAUACUGCAGGCAGACUGACGCUUGUUUAAGUGAGUCAAAAAAUAAGAAUAAGAUAAAGGAAACCUUAAAGAAAAGUAGAAAAUAAAGUAAUUUCUGUAAUAAGAAUUACAUACAAUUGUGUAAAAUGCCACUCCCACCAGCUUUAGCUGCACGACUAGCUAAAAGGGGUAUCUUAAAACCUAAGCCUGAUUCUGGUCCCAAUGAUGAAGUACCUUCUGUACAAGCUAGCGAAGAAAUCAUAGCUGAAGACUAUGAUAAUAAACUUGAUGACCGCGCAAAUAAGGAACAUUUUUGGGAAGGUAUAGAAGGCGUCAACGUUGAUCCUAUUAAAGGUCAUAAAAGUUGUCCAAAUAAAAGCAAUAUCUAUCACGAAUGCUCAAAAUAUUGCGUAAAAAGGUGGAAAACAGGAAAGUUAGUGCCCUCCGAAAACUAUUUGGAAUAUAAAAAGAAGGCUUUGGAAUUGUGGCCAUUACCGGCAGGUUGGGAGGAAGUCUAUGAUGAAGGAGUUGGGCAGCAUUAUUUCUGGAAUGUUCAUAAUAAUUUAGUCAGUUGGUUACCGCCGACCCACCCGCGGGCGACACCCAGCGAAAGUGCUGCACAUUUGAGAGAAGAACGAUUGUUAAAAGAAGGUGAUGAGAGUGAUGACAGCAGUGAUGCUUCUGACCAAGAGGUACCACAACAGCCGCACAAGGAGAAAAAACAGGAACGCAGGGAAAAAGAAAAGGAAUUAGUUCACCACAGGAACAAAAGAUUAAGAGUGAAAGAUAAUGACUUAGAUCCAAUGGAUCCUGCAGCUUAUUCAGAUAUAGCAAGGGGUAGCUGGACCUCGGGGCUAGACACCCAUGCUAAGACUGGAGUGGAUUCAACUGCCACUGGGUCUUUGUAUCAAAUGAGACCUUAUCCUGCACCGGGAGCUAUACUUGCAGCAAAUGCAAAGCAAUCAUCUCCAUCUCCCUGAAUUAAAUAAUAAAUGCUUGUGUGACUUA